AGAUAAUUAAUAUGAUGACGUGGAAUUUAACUUGAACCGUUUAGUCAUUUCCGCUGCCUGAUUGUUUUGUAAACAUCAUAAAGGAGGAUUUGGCAGUUUCCAAAUUUUCCCAUCUGCCAAAAUGAAACCGAAAUAUAGUAUCUUACUUCCUACUUAUAAUGAAAGAGAAAAUUUACCUAUAAUAGUUUGGUUGAUAGUCAAAUAUAUGAAUGAAGGUCAUAUUGAUUUUGAGAUAAUUAUAAUCGACGAUGGUAGUCCGGAUGGGACUCAGGAAGCAGCUAAACAAUUAGAAAAAAUUUAUGGCUCCGACAAAAUCGUCUUGAAACCACGGGAAAAGAAGCUAGGACUAGGAACUGCUUACAUUCAUGGCAUUAAACAUGCUACUGGAGAUUUCAUUGUCAUAAUGGAUGCUGACCUUUCCCAUCAUCCCAAAUAUAUUCUGGACUUCAUAAAAAAGCAAAAAGAAGCCGAUUAUGAUUUAGUAUCUGGAACUCGUUAUAGCGGAAGCGGUGGUGUAAACGGAUGGGAUUUUAAAAGAAAAUUAAUUAGUCGUGGUGCUAAUUAUUUGACACAAGUACUACUACGCCCUGGUGCUUCAGACUUGACCGGAAGUUUUAGACUGUAUAAGCGAGAUGUACUGAAAAAAUUGGUGGAAUCAUGUGUAUCAAAGGGUUAUGUAUUUCAAAUGGAAAUGAUUGUGAGAGGCCGAAAUCUGGGAUUUUCAAUUGGUGAAGUUCCCAUUGUUUUUGUUGAUAGAAUUUAUGGUGAAUCAAAGUUAGGGGGAAAUGAAAUAUAUCAAUUUGUGAAAGGUCUGUUAUACCUGUUUGCUUUUGUGUAAUGAAAACUGUUGACUUUGUAAUUUAUUAAAGUUAUUUUGAAUACUU